AUGAACAUCUUCAUCGCUGGAUUUGCACUCGCAGGAGCCGGAGCCGGCAUAAACGAACUCACUGCACUGGCUGUAACAUCAGAACUAGCCCCCACCCGCAAACGUGGCCAAUACGUUGCAAUUCUCGUUUUCACCAUUAUUCCAUUCUGUCCAAGUGUCCUCUGGGCCCAACUUAUUGCAUCUCACGCCGGAUGGAGAUACUGUGGUGCGCUCUGUGGAGGAUGGGCUGCUGUUGGCUUGUUGAUGACAUUAAUUUUCUAUUUCCCACCUCCUCGUGUGAACUCAGAUGGCCUUUCAAGACUCCAAGUACUAAAGAAGAUCGAUUAUCUCGGCGGUUUUCUCAGUAUCUCUGGUAUGAUCUCGUUCCUCGCAGGGCUGCAAUGGGGUGGCUAUCAGUAUCCUUGGACGUCAGCUCAUGUUCUAGUUCCACUCUUCAUUGGUGCUCUUCUACUCGUGUUGUUCAUUGUGUGGGAGAUGAUAGGCGCCGAGCAUCCAAUGGUUCCGCUACACAUGAUCGAAGCCCCUCGUAUCUUCUGGCUAACAAUGCUCAUCACCUUCAUAUCUGGCGCUAACUUCUUCUCGGUUCUCUUGUUCUGGCCGACGCAAGCUUACAAUGUGUAUGGACACGACCCAAUUGGCGUUGGAAUCCGAGGACUCCCGGUCGGUUUCAGCAUUCUCAUUGGCGCAUUCGUCGUGCUGUGGCUGCUCACCCUUCUUGAUGGCCGCAAUCGCGAGCUGCUGACAGUAUGCUCGGUUCUAAUGACAGCUGGGAUCGCCUCGCUCGCGAGCUUGCGCGUGGACAAUCUACACAUCGCCUACGGGCUUCUCUGCCUCGCUGGCCUCGGCAUCGGAGGAAUCGUGGUUCCCGCAUCAAUCAUGACGGUGAUAGUCUGUCCGAACGAAUUCAUCGCAACGGUCGCGGCUCUUACGCUCGCCAUCCGCGUCAUCGGAGGUAGCAUCGGCUAUACGGUUUACUACAACGUGUUCAUCAGCAAAUUCAAAGCCAAUGCGAUCGUCUACGUUGGUGGAGCGAUGACGGAAGUCCUCCACAUCACCUCCCCCAAAGCCAUCGAAGCAGCCAUCGAGCUCACCGGCGCCGGCUUGCUGAACCAACUGCAAGCCGUUCCCGGCAUCGCCGGGAAUGAGACGGCCUACCAGGUGGUGGUGCAAGCGGGCCAAUUGGCCUUUGCGGAGAGCUAUCGCUGGGUUUACCUGGCGAGCAUUGCGUUUGGCGUGGUGGCGGUGGUGGCGAGUCUGGCCCUGCCAGACAUGAAGAAGUACAUGGACGACCAUGUGGCGGUUGUUAUGUGA